UGGAUCCCUUUCAAAAUUUCAAAAAAUAUCGCAGCCAAAUCCAUAAACAUAUUUUUUUAUAAUAUAAUCUAUAUAAAUUAAUACCAUUCAAAUGCAUGCAUUGUUAAAUUAAAGUAGUCCCCACCAUCUUCACUCUUCCCAAGUAGUAACAGAGAAGCCCAACUUUAUUUUUCUCCGUAAUAAUCAUUUGAAAGGCUUAAAAAAGCUCCACGCUGCUAAAAAAAAAGCCGGCUUUAUUUGCGCCCCAAUAGUAUUCUUGACUUACAAACAAGGAACGAACAAUUUUCUAUUGUCGCCUGCAAGCUUAUUCCUACAUCCCAUUUGUCUCCCUCUUUAUAUAACUGUUCCUCUUUUUUAACUAUAUUAUUCUAUAUCGACCUCGAUCAACAAGAACAAGAGCAAGAAAAAAUGAUGAAAAUUACUAGGGAAAGCGAAGAAAUUGUUCUCCUCGAAGAACAAUACGAUGAAUUAGAAGACGAAUAUGAUGAAGAAGCAUUAUCACUGUGUGAUCUUCCGAACAAUGAAGAGGACGAAAAGAAGGAAGAAGUUUCUAGAAGUACUAGCGUAGAAGGCGGACAAUUAGAAGAUUUUGAUUUUAGCUCUUCUGGUGGUAAUUUGUUGAAAGAAUCAGAGAUGUGUACGGCAGAUGAAAUUUUCUACAAAGGCCAAAUAUUACCGUUGCGUCAUUCAAUUAGUUUGCCAAGUGAUCGGCGCAAUUGUCAUGAUACAAAUUCAAGCAGUAGAAGUAGCAGUAUUCGAAGCCAACGUUCAUCUAGCAGUGGCAGUUCAUCUAAUUUCAACACGAAAUAUCAGCCUAAAAUUCGAAAUCAAUUUCAUUCUCAUCCUAGUCCAACACCUCAGGUUCGAUUUUCUAAAGUUAGUUUUCAAUCAAAUGUCAACAAUUCCACACGAAAAUCAGCAUUGUGGAGUCUAUUUCGCGUUGGCCUAGUUACACCACCAGAAAUUGCAUUACAAGAUCUGAAAAACAGAGGAAACAGGGAUAUUUCAGGAAGUCGAAAUAGCACGAGCAGUAGUAGCAGCGGGAGCUUCGGCAAUAAUGAUAAUAAGAUGAGAAUUAAGAAAACGAAACAGAGGUUUUCUCUAGGCAGCUGUAAAUGUUCAGCAAAUGUGGUAGAAACAGUUCCAAUCGUGAACAGUAGAAGUACAAUUAAGAAAAUAAGAAAAGCCACAGGGGACCAUGAACAUGAAGAUAAGAAGGAUUCAUCAGAGAAUAUCAAAUCGACAAAAAAGCAAGCAAUGUCACGUCAUCGAACGUUUGAGUGGUUAAAGCAACUUUCACUAGAAGGUCCAUCAGAUGAAACAUAAAGAUUUCAAAGUAUCACGCAUGCUUAGCUUCUUUUUUUUCUUCUUUUUUUCAUGUAAUGUAAUGUAACUUUUUUUUUUUUUUGAGUAGUGGAAUCAUGAAGUUGAUUAAUUGAAGUAAUUGAGGACGCAAUUAUAAUGGUAGCCAAAAAAGAGCUAAGGUGUACGUUUGAUGUGAACUGUGAUUAAAUAAUGACCAUUAUUUUUUGUCUUUGAGUAAAAUUAAUAAUUGAAGAUGGGAAGGCCGUGAUGAGUGGAAA